AUAUUUCUCAAAUCUCCGAUGCAUCUGUGUGCUCCGCCGUCAUGAAUGAUCAGCAACAACAGCAACAGCAGCAGCAGGCUCAACGGGAAAGAGCCGGCACGGUGUAUUAUGAUGCUCAACAAAAUUUCGGGACCCCGCCAAAAUCGUCUGAUCAUCAGAAGAAUAAUAUGAGUAGUGGUGGAGACUACAAAGACUACAACAAAAUGGGCAUUCGAAAAGCGUCUGGAUCGUCGGAGAGAGGAGGAAUUACUGGUGGUGGUGGAGGUGGAGGACCUACUGAUGAUAUACUUUAUGAGAGGGUUCAUACGGAACGCCGCCAUCACCACCAAACAUCCUCACCGUCCCAAUAUCCGCGUCCCCCGUCACGUGACCGAGAAUCCCAGCCACCACCCACACAGCCACGUCACCACCAUCACCAACCUACAGUAAUCCACCACCCGAUUCGAUCUACCGGAAGCCCGCCGGUGAUGAUGGCGCCGAUGUCAACGUCAUAUGACUAUUCGAUUGGCUCAUCAGCCGGAUUUCGGAAGCAGGAGCUCGACGAGCUUCAUAAGUCGCCUGGAAGUCGGUGGGCGGCUCGCGGAGCACAACAACAGCAGGAAGAUUUCAGACCGGGGCCAAGGGCUAGCUCGGCGGCCAAUAUCGAUGCUCUAUUUGCUCCAAAAUCUGGUUCAAGAACACAAUCGGCUUCAUCAUCAUCGGGACCAUCUUCACGAAUGGCUGGUGGAUAUGAGCCGUCAGGAGGUGAAAAUAUGGCAAAUGUCGUUUUUUCGAGAAAAUCGGCUGCUCCGCGAGGAGCUAGUGACAAGGACUUUGGAGUGGUUGGAGCAUAUUCGAGUGAGCGGCGAGCGGAGCAGCAAGCUGGUGGAGCUGGUGGUGGAUAUGGAAGAAGAGGAGGAAAUAGUAGUGGGGCAAAACCGCAAGUCUGUCAACACUCGAACGACUACGAGCUGGAUCCCCGACUCAAUGUGACUUAUCCGCAAUUCUAUGUGGAUGACUGGAAAGAUCGGCACUCACCGCAUCAUUCCCAUCAUCCCCAGCAUCACCAGGUCGUCGGCAAUAUGACACCAACUGCGUCAUCAUCAGGAGGAUAUCCACGUGUUCCAGUUCCACGUCACUCACCGUCGUUUACGUCAUCGGCGACAGUUUACCCGUUGCCGGGUACUGGUGGACGGCCACGAUUCGGAAGUGAUGCUCAUCGCCAUCUAUACGAAGAAGUUCCAAUGGGCGGUGGUGGAGGGCCGUCUGUGACAAACGGAGGCUACCGUAGUCCUGGAGGACCACCAUAUGGCUCGGCGAGCACAAAUAUGAGGGAAACGGCGAUUCUUGACGAUUAUGACAAUGUGCCAAGCGAGUUUUUGGCGGAGAAUGUGCAUAGAAAGCACACGACAAAAGAUGAUGUUAAAGAGGACGGCGAGUCGGGAAUCUAUCAACCAGGACGAUAUCAGCCAUCUGAAGACGCUGACUCGUCGAGUGACGAGGAUGAUCCCGAGUACUUGGAGCUGAUGGAACGUGAUUCGAUUAUUAAUCGAUACGAGAAGGGUCCCGACGCGGCUGAUGUUGAUGCUUGGGAGAAUCCGAAUUUCGAGUUGUACACGAAUUUGGAUCGUUUUGGUUUUGUACAUAAAAAAGGCGAAAAAGCGACUGCAGACGAACGAACGGAUCUCCAAAAACGACGAAUCAUCAAAGAGCUGAGUCGCGAGAAGAAAUGGCUGAAAAUGAUUGAGGUGUGGAAGUCGGGUGGACCGUCGAAAAAGAUGGAAGAUCGGAUAUGGAAGGGCAUCCCCGAGAAGCUACGGAUCGUCAUUUGGCCUCGACUUCUCGGUGCGGAACGGCUGAAGCACGAGCGGCGGGAUGUGUAUGCGGAGCUGCUGCUCAGAGCAAGAUUAGUUUCGAAGGAUAUCAAGCAAAUCGAUUUGGAUAUUAAUCGGACGUAUCGCGAUCAUUUGGCGUUUCGAAAACGUUAUGAUGUUAAACAAAAAUCGCUGCUCAACGUGCUCGCCGCCUACUCGAUGUUCAACACAGAAGUCGGCUAUUGUCAGGGAAUGUCGCAGAUCGCCGCGCUCUUCCUAAUGUACUUGGACGAGGAGGACGCGUUCUGGAGUCUCCAUCAACUGAUGGUCAGUCCGAAGCACACGAUGCACGGAUUCUUUGUUCCCGGUUUCCCGAAGCUUCAACGCUACGAAGAGCACUUCAAGCGGGUGCUGAAAAAGUAUAAGCCACGUGUCUACAAGCAUUUGGAGAAGCAGGACAUUCCGUACAUUUACCUCACCAAAUGGUGGUUCGGAUGCUUUUUGGAUCGAGUUCCGUUCUCGUUGGCAUUGAGACUUUGGGAUGUGUUCCUCGUGGAAGGGGAUUGUAUUUUGAUAGCGAUGGCCUAUAAUAUCAUGAAAAUGCAUGAAAAAAACGUCCGAAAGCACAAUAUGGAGUCAUUUAUGGAAUUUAUCCAAAACGACAUUGCCAUCGAUUUUGGUUAUUCUGACGACGAGGUUAUGCAUUCGCUCAGGGAAACGCUGAGCAAGUUGAAGAGCGACCGCCAACACGUUCCACCACCGCCGCGGCCCGAAGACCUGUCCGAAGUGCCGACGAAAGCGCUCGGCCCGAUUCUACAAAAACCGAUGGCCUCGAUUCGCGAUGAGAUUCACGAGAUUCAGUCGAGACGUAGUCGUGCGAAUUCCACCGGUCGUUCACCAUAUCCGAAACGAAAAGAGUCGGCUCGCGGAGCCGGAGCCCCGAAAGGACCGCCACCUGUACAACAUAAAUGGAAUGGUAACGCGUCACAGGAUUCGAUAUUGGGCAAUGGUGGAGGGGGUGGAGCCGGGGGACGGGAAGUUCCAUUUGAGAUCCCAACUCGCCGAGCACCUAACGGUUCCCCGGCAGCAGCAGCACCUACAGACGCCUACAACAACUCCAAAAACGGAGCCCUUCCGCCGUCCGGUUCGAGUAAGCGAGACUUUGUUCAGUCUUCCAACACUCCCACCACAACCACCCACUCAUCAAGUUCCCAUCGGUAUCAGCAUUCGAAUUCAUCUCGUGGAGGCACCCCGCUGGCACAACGACUCCGAGACGAACGCAGCGGACAAGUGGUCCUACUCAGCCGAGCCAGUGACUCGGAGCCCGACGUUGGCUCACCGAUGACUAAUACAAGAGACUCCGACUGGAAUGGCUCUGCCGCCCACAUCUCGACGGCUACUUCGAGAAUCACGCAUUCUGGAAAUCACAUCACCAGAAUCGAUUUGGACGGUGACGUGUCGGUUAUCUGAAAUUAUUUCCCUAAAAUUCCCCAAUUUUUUUUUGUGCUAAAAAUCUAAACAAUUAUCAUCAUUAUUAUUGUUUUUUUCUUCUGUAAAUGACUUUUACGAGUAUAGUUUCUUCUUCUGCGUCUUCUUAUUUUAAUGCAUAAUUGUCUGUGUCUCUCUUUCUCGCUUUUUCUCCACCAUUUUGUGAUAGAAUUUUUGUCAACCACCAAAUUAUUCUUUAAAUUAUUGAUUUUUUUAUUCAAUUUAAUUCCCGCUCGAAUUCACUGUUGGCUCGACGGAAAUAUUUUUAGGAACCUAUUCCGCUUUUUUUUUCUUAUCACAUGAUAAAUUAUUUAUUUCUU